CAGCGUUUAUGUGAUCGCGGAGGGAAGCAUUUCAGCGACGUACCAGCUGUUACUAGGAUCUUUCGGAUAACACUCGUUUGAAUCACGCUUUUCAGAUUAAUUUAUCGACAUAUACGUGUUUUACAGAAUGACAGAGAGCACGGAGAACAUGCAGAAGUACGAAGAGCUGUUUGCACACAGGUUUUCAUCCGAGGACCAGGAAUAUCAGCAGUACGUGAACCGACCGACUGACUCUCCACCUAUUGUCGAGGACUGGGCGCGUCGAGGUGGUUGGAACCAGAGAGGCAGGGACAACAGGUACCAGGACCGCCAUGGCCACAGAGGUCGUGGAUGGGGAGGAGACCAAGGCUGGUCCCGCCAGCAGCACUGGCGGGACAGAGACCGGUCCUGGGGUCAUGGAAGUCAGUCAGGCCCUCCAAGCGCCAAUCAGGGAUACAACUCCCAUCACCACAGGCCACGUUAUAACCCUUACUGAUCUCUGUAAUCUCUCAAGUGUUUUCAGUAUUUGUGUCCACACUCUUAUCACUUGCAUUGCAGCAGAGCGAAGCAACGUGCAACCGUUUGUUUGUCGAACUACAACAGUCUCGUAAGGAAGUAUUGUAAUAAUAAUAAUCAUAAUAAUUAAUAUUUCAGCAGCGUAAUUACCUCCAACACAAGGAGGCCAAGUCUUCAGUGCUCUAUUUCUGUGUGUGUGUGUGUUCUUAGUAGCAUUAUGCAAAAACUAUCAAACAAUUUAUCUCGAAAAUAAAGGUGGUCUUUGGGUCAAGGAUGAAACGUAGACUACAUAUAAAAAAAAAAAGCUCCUGAAGCUAACCAGGAAAUAAGAAAAUGUUAAAUAGCCACUAGGGGGCAUCUCUGCAGGUUGAAAUAGAGCUCAAUUUGAAUGAGAAACUAGCCUGCGUCUCACUUGAACUAAAAUGUCAGUUUCUUGAGAAGUUAAAUCUCUGUUUUCAGUAGAGCAUGAUCUUGAUUUUGUAACUUUAUGUUGUCGUUUUGAAGAAAAAGUUAAUGCUAAAGCACAACAGCUAUGUCAACAGCUGGAAAUAUCCAAUAGGAGCCACUGGUUACAGGUGAAAUUAUGUUCAAAAUGUCAAAAUAGCGCUGCCCCAAAUUCCAAAUCUUGAGGCUUAAAAAAUUAUCCUUAUGUGUGACGUCAAAACAGCAGGUGUACUUUCACCGUCUUUUAACCUAUAAACUCAGAUUAGAGCAGUUUGAUCAUCUCCAAAAUUUAAAAAGUUCUUCCUGAAGUCAUACCCCGACCUUUCACAAAAUUUACUGGAAAGCAGGUCAUUAAAAAACAGUCAGACAGGGUGUAAUGACUUGGUAAAAAUAUCCAAGUGUCAUAAUGGAAUUCAAAUGUUAUGUAGCCUUACCACAUGUCCUACCAUCAAAAUAUGAACUACUAAAAACAUUAAAAGUCAAAUAUGAAGCCUGGGUCAGAUAUGAUUCAUACCACAUAAACUAAACUGCUGCUUUUGUUAUUUGCUACUCGUGUUGUUUUAAAAAGUCUCUCAAAAUCAAAAUACUUCAGUUGACACAUUUUUAUUGUCGGAAUGAAAACAGAUCCUAAUGACUUCCAGAAAAAUAGUGAGAGAAAAAUGAGUUUCAUAUGUCAGUAUGAUUUUUUUUUUUUGUCUUCAUAUUACAUCAUACUUUAUUGCUCACACUUUGAAUUAUAUAUUUUUUUUAAUGCCAUUUGUGGGAUUAAUUUGAAAAUUAUGCUUAAAAUGACUGCAGUAUUUCAGAUUUGUGAACUGUUUUUAGUAAAACCCUCAUUAUCACAUUGUUGUUGUCCACAUCUUAUGUCUGCUUAGAUGUUUUGACAUAGUUUGAUAUGAUAUUGUUAUGCAUUGUGUUGCAGGUGAGUCACCUGAGAAAAUCAUGCAUUCAUUGCAGCUGUAUUUUCUUUCUGUGUGUCACUGUUUCAUAAGGAUAUAAUUGAACCAUCAAUAAAUGUGUAUUUUCUUAGCGA